AUCGAUUUCCAAUGGGAACGGAAUCCAAUCGCUUGGCCCUGGAAAGUACACUGUGCCAUAGUUUCAUAUAAAUGACUAAAUCACUAAAAGACUACGACAUAUACAUAUCAGAACCGAUGUAUUACAUACUAGUAUGUAAUAGAGCACUAGUAACAGGCAUUUUUAUCCCUCACUACUACAAAAACUCGUCUUUUUCAAGACGCAUAUAGCUUGGAUCUACGAUCUGAUAAGGUAUGUAAUUCCCUUAGUGUUUUUAAAUUUUGCAUCAGAAUGUACGGUCUAAAUUUCUAGCGCCCUCGGACACGCCCUGUCAGGGACUUUCUGAGCGUGGUGCCACUGUACAAAUUAUGGUGGACCCCCAAAUGAGCCGAAAAACUCCCACCACAAGAGGCGUGCAUGAAGCUCAGUAAAUGCGGAUGCAACAAAACACGAUGUAAAUGCAUGAAGCAAAAAAAAAUGCCGUGUUCGUACCUCUGCAACAGCGGUAGGCUACAUGUUUACACUGCAAACCCUAAUUAAAUCAAAUUUGGAAUCACCCUGUGCAUUAAAAAAACGGAAUCCACCGAAGCAGAGACCUCUGUGCGUACAAUGCGGUAAGCGCGACAGAUUUGAAAUUGAAAUUAACCGUUUUACAACUGUCAAGCGUAAGCGUAAACUGGUCGGUUAAGUUUAUAUUUUUUUCUUCAAUUUCGUGUCUCAAAAUAUUAGGCUCGUACACAGAGAAUUUAUAGGAUAAAAUGGAUCCAUUCACAGAGCGUAUUUUGGAACGUGCACGAGAAAGGCAGAAGAAACUGCUUCAAAGCAAAGACAUUGGAACAGUAAGUCCCUUGGGAGAAUCGAACACACUAUCGACGACUUCGUUGGAAGAUUUUAAAAGCGUAAAUAUGACAGCUACAGUCUCAGACUCGAUGUUGUGUACAAAGAGUCUGCUCGACAGUAAUUUGAUUACGGAAACCCAAUCUGAAGGUAAUUUAACUAGUAUGGUUAGGCAAAAUUCAAAGACGCGCAUUUCAUCAAACAUAACUGGUUCGCCUCAAUCUCAUCUGAAAACAUUGAACAUUCAGAGGGAGAAUUUUAAUAUGGAAAUUAAACUUUCUUCUACAGAAAAUGUUAGAGUAGAAGUAGAAUUUCAAGAAGAGAAUGAGGAAGGGAAGGAAAACAUAAAACAAGAUACUGCAGGUCUUCGAGACGAUGCGAAAAUGAGAUUGCAACGAUUGGGAAGGCUUUAUGCGGGAGGCGAGGAUGCGAAUAUAUCGUCACCAAUUCAUCAAACUGAAGCCAAGUUCGUAGUUGAUGAGACUCCGUCCAAGAAAGUCGAAAGGAAAGGUCCGGGUAGGCUGGGAAAGGGUUUGGGAGCAUUAAACACGCUUGCUCAAGACAUCAACCAAUGGGAAGACGAUUUAUCAACUGGUAAAAUUGGUGGAGAUAAGCCAAGUGUGAAGAAAAAGUCGUGGAAACCGCCCGCUCCCAGACCACCAAUUUCCAGUGUACGUGAAAGUGCUGGUAAAGUAAAAGAUGAUUGCGUGAACGUGCAAGUCAGCGAUCGGAAUUCACACACUAAGGAAGAGCAAACACGCCAAAUAAAUUUAGAUCCAACACUUGUUGAAACUUUGGAAUCUCAAGGAUUUACGCGUACAGUAUCGAAUUCUCGUUUAGUAUACAAUUAUAACAAGAAACUGGCGGAUGAAACUAAAAGCGCGGAAAUUCGUAGCCCGUCAAAAAUGAAAGAGUUGAGAAGUGAAAGUAUUAUCGAAGAAGUUGAGGAGUGUGACAAAGAGAAAAAAGUAGACGACGUGUCGGUCCCAAUCAAACAUAACUUAAAGGGGAACAUUGCCAAUAAAGCCGCGCUUUUUGAGGCAAAUUCCAAUUCUAGUCCGAAUCGAAAUGGAAAAGAUCCGGCGCUUCUGUCGUUAUCGGAAAGGAAGGCGCUGUUUGAAAAGAAUAAAGGGGGAAUUUUAGUUCCCAAAGCUCCUAUUUCCAUGGCCGCUCCCGUUAAGCCAGUAGUGAAACCGGUCUCGCCUGUGAGAGUAGUAGAGAAAAGGAGUCCUCCGAAAUAUUUGGCUCCUAGACCUCCCAUCCGUAAGGCAGAUAUCACAGAUUCGUCUGCAUUUCGAGUAACCCCAGGAGAAUCUGGUGGAAUCGCAAGUAAGGUCGCUGCACUGUUCAAGAACAAAAGUACGAUAAGUCAGCAACAGAUCGAGAACGAGAUUAAAGAACAGAGACAAAAAGAGAUGGACAUUUUACUGCAUAGGUUUCACAAGAACAAGGCUGCUGUUGAAGAUAUAGAGAGAGCCCAAUAUGACUCGGAUGACGAUGGAGACGCGACUGAAACCACGGCUAUGAUUUCUAAGAAAGUUGCUGAAAUAGUAAAGACUAAUCAAAAAACUCCCUCACCCCCUCCUUUACCUCCACCGACAAGAAAAAGUGGGGGUAAACGCUGUAGUUUAGAAGAUAGUCCAAAGGUAGCUGCCAGUUUAGAGGACGUAAAACGAAUCAAGGUCUCUCCAGCAAAGCCAGGUAAAUUAUAUCCGUGCUUAUCGGACAUCGAAGCGGCAACUGAAACUGAGACUGAAGUGAAUACGGCUUCGCCAUCCCCAAAUAAUUCAAGUUACGAGGCUUGUAGUGAUUCUGACGGUACCCUUGGAGAUACCAGUUUUGGGCGGGAAGUUUUGGAAACUGUUUGCAAAAAUGCUAGUCCCCCCAAACGCACAAUUUACAUGGACAGCACUGAAAGUGACAUGUCCGAUAUUUUAGAUGACAUGGAUGACUACUUGGAUGAGGCCAUGGCUUACGAUGUGGAGAAUGGACCCACUCCACCUAAGCAUAAACGAUCGAGAUCUCCAGUAAAUAUCGACAAGGGGUCUCACAGUUCGAGUUCUUUUCAAUACAAGAAUUUUACACCCUCGAAACCGACAUCUAAGCCUUCUACACCAUAUCAAACACCUAUAAAAGAACCAUCACCUCUUGAAAGUGAUGAGAGUCCAGCUUUUGUGGUUGAUGGUGAUGACGUACUGCCACUAACCCAUACAGUUAGUUUUUACAGAAAACAACAGAUACAGGGUUCAAAAACGCCAGUUCGCCAAGUAAUUAAGUACCCCGCAAUUCAGGAGAAUUCUGAUUCUUCUUCAAAGGAGGAAGAUGUUGAAGUGCAAAGUAAAAUUUGUUCGCUGGUCGAGGAAGUAACCAAGCAACAAACAAUUAUUUCACAAACUAGCCAAGCCUUAAACUUGUGUUACUCAACCCCUGAAUUUACAGGAUCUACAGAACAAGUUGAAGCAGAGAAGGUGCUAUUGCUUGCUACUCACAGACGUGCAGCGGCGCAACGCGAGAUCGAAAGGCUAUCAGUUUUGAAAACUUUACAUUCCGAUAACAAACUUACAGAAAACAUCCCACUAGAAAAAGGAAAGCUGAUAAUAUCCAACAUUGUUCUUCCACUAAAACGCGAUUACGUUCGGGCGCUUAAUGCGACUGGCGGCAAAGGGCACCAUGUGGUGUGUUUGAUUAAAUGCGCCGAUCAAGUCUACAGUACGCAGUUGGUCUCGACGGUUGCCACAAAUGACAGAAAUCCUAAUUUGGAACUAAACAUACCGGGUACUAUCCAUUUCAACAACAUUUACAGUAAUUUUACUGCACAAUUUGAGGUAUACUGCUUGCAGGCACAAAAUGAAAGUCUGCCGCACGAUGUGAAAUAUCACAUCAAUAAAAAGGGAGGCAGCAAGAUCACCCCAAAAAAAGGUAAAUCAGAGUCUCGUUUAAUUAGACCACCUAAGGAAUCGCCCGGUGGUCCUCAAGCUGUGAGAUCACCCACUUUUGCGCUUAUGGGAUAUGUUGUAUUUUCCAUUCAAGCCACGAAACGAAAAAAUUGGACCUUAAAUAAUGCGCCAUCUAUGAGCCCAUUAGAAGGGAUUGUUGAAAUGCGUGUCAAGUGUGAAUUCACAAUGAAAGUCGAACAUCACGGAUUUUUGACCAUGUUUGAAGAUAUAUCUGGUUUUGGUGCAUGGCAUCGACGCUGGUGUAUGCUGCAAGAACACUCUUUGAGCUACUGGAAGUAUCCGGAUGACGAGAAAAAAAAGCCCCCAAUUGACACACUUGAUUUAUCAACGUGUAUUACAACACAAGUAGGACCAGUUCGAAGAGACAUCUGUGCGAGAUUAAACACAUUUUUAAUUGAAACUAAAAGGCCAGUGCAACCUCAUGAUAAAGAUAGUUUGGUAAUGCAAUGUAAUGGCGAUAUUACAAUUAUAAGGCAUUUAUUAUCAGCAGAUACAAAAGAAGAAAGAAACGAAUGGUGUACCGCAUUUAAUAAGGCACUUGCCACUGCCAGUAUGUUGAGAGGAACGAAGUAAUUCUUUAAUGUACUUCACUCUUACUUAUAAUUGAUAUUGAAUCAUUUUUAUUAUUGACUAAUUUAAUAUAAUUUUGCUACUUGCUGCCAUACUAAUAAUAUUGUAUUAUAUUUUUUAUAAUUUUAAAUACAAUCAUAACCUUUGUAAGUUUA